AGCUAAAAUCUGAAAAUCACAAACAGAAAAACACAAUUGCGCAUCAGUCUGGCUCCCCUCCGCCCUCGUCUCUCUCACUCUCUGACUCUCGCUCGCGCCGUCUCCUCCGGAAGCUGCCGCAGCACGGCACGUCGGCAGCAGCGCUGUAAGCCAGCAGCAGUCCGCUUAGCUGCACGGCAGCACCAGUCCGCUCGGCGCCUGCGUCCGCCCUUCACAGCAGUCAGCAGUCGCAGGCUUGACCAAUAUAAGAUCAUCUUCCUAAGCUAGGAUCCCUUCAUGGUCCUUCGUGGCAGAAUCCUCUCUCUAGUCAACAGUUUCCCUCUGUUUCCAGUGGAAGCUCGUUUUGCGGUUGUCUCCAGGAACUUCCUUUGUCGUUCGCUUACUUCAGAUGUUUCUGCUGUAGAAAGUUACCCCUUGUCUGGCAAUCCAUCUUCUCAGCAACCUGGAAUAUGUGAAGACAUUGGAAGGAAGCAUGACAUUGAUGUCAUCAUUGACAAAGUUCUCACUGCACAAAGUGAAUCUGAAGUCUUUCAGUCUCUGGUUCAUGACAUAGAGUGCAACAAGAUACAGAUCACUCACAGCUUGGUCACAAGGUUACUUCAUCGUUUUCAAGAUGAUUGGAAGUCUGCAAUUGGUGUUUUUAGAUGGGUGGAAACAUGUCCAGGGUACAGACCUUUGCCCGAACAGUAUGAAAAAUUGGUGGAUAUAUUGGGAAAGAUGAAACAAAUGGAGAAAAUGAAGGCACUAGCUGGGGAAAUAUGUGAAAACCAUCUCGUCUCACUCAAUACAAUAGCAAAGAUGAUGAGGAGACUGGCUGGUGCAGGAGAAUGGAAAGAAGCUGUCAAGAUUUUUGAUGAGUUAGAGAAAUUUGGAUUGGAAAAGAAUACUGAGUCUAUGAACAUACUGCUUGAUACCCUCUGCAAAGAACACAAAGUCGAGCAGGCACGUGCACUAUUCUUGGAGUUGAAAUCACAUAUUGCACCAAAUGCAAACACCUAUAACAUUUUUAUCCAUGGCUGGUGCAAAAUAAAGAGGGUUGAGGAGGCACAAUGGACUAUCGAGGAAAUGAAGGGGUGUGGUUUUCGCCCAUGUGUCAUUAGCUAUUCUACCAUUAUCCAAUUCUUUUGCUCGCGAAACAAGUUCCACAAGGUUUAUGAGCUGCUUGACGAAAUGGAAGCGCAAGGAUGUCCUCCUAAUGUUGUUACUUUCACCACCAUUAUGCAUUCUUUUACUAAGUCGGGUUACAUAGAUGAAGCAUUACAGAUAGCUGAGAAAAUGAAACUAGCUGGCUGCAAACCCGAUACACAGUUUUGUAAUGCGUUGAUACAUACCCUAGGGAGAGCUGGCCAUAUUGAAGAGGCAUUAAAUGUUUUUACUAAGGAAAUGCCCAAUGAUAGAAUUAACCCCAAUACUUCAACUUUCAAUUCUAUGAUUGCUAUGUUUUGCCAUCAAAAACAAGAGCAAAGGGCCCUGGAGUACCUUGGGAUCUUAGAACAAUCACCAUACUGUAAACCUGAUGUUCAAUCAUUCUAUCCAUUGCUGAAGUUAUAUUUUCGAGAUGGGAAGACAUGCAAGUGCUUGAAUCUCUUAGAUGACAUGGUUAAGAAGCACCAUUUAUGUCUUGAUUUGGCAACUUAUACUCUUUUAAUCCAUGGGUUCUGCAGAGGAAACAAAUAUGAGAGGGCGUACCAGCUUUUUAAGGAAAUGAUAGGUCAAAAUAUAAAACCUAGAUACGUGACAUGUUCAUUGCUGUUGAAAGAAAUCAAAGAGAAGAACAUGUAUGGUGCAGCUGAGAUGAUUGAAGACUUCAUGAAGAAAAUGAAAUCACCUGGAAUGAAAAACUGCAGGCCUGAUAUCAAAGUAUGGAUGGAACUGAGAGGAUUGUUAUAUUUAGUGAAUGACCAAAGGGGCUUGUUUGCUAGGUGGUGUGGGAUAAGACUUUCUAUGUUGGAUUAGGAUGUCUUUAAAAUAUAAGCAAUCCUACUUCAAAUGAAGUUUGAAGAAUGUCGCUCGAUGGGGCAACUAUUCCAGAUAAAGUUAAUGUUAUCAUGACGUGCCCUCAGGGAUGGGAACUGUAUUCCAACUGAGAUCAGUCCAGACUCGUCUUAGGUGGGCAUUUGGCGUGUAUAUGGGACAUUGAGCCAGAGGCCAAAGUCGAACAUUUGAGAAAUCGCUAGUGCGUAUGGUGAGAAAUUCAGUUUUCUGAGCUUUACUCCAUAAUUUUCUCCAUUGUAGUGUUGUGAUAGUGUAUUUCAACACGUGGUAGGUUAGGUACGUAUCAAGAUGUAGCAGAAAAUUUGAAGGCAAAGACAAAAGCAUAACUUGUUGUGGAAUGUUUGGCGUUAAGUUGAAUGGAUUGUGGUAGUGGGUUAAAUUGCAUUGGAUGCUCAGGCCGGAAUGCUACCUUCCAAACAUACUAUACUUCUCUGCAUAUGUUGACAAAGAAUAUGUCAAAACUAUCUGGCUAUAAUCCAUUUUAUUAAUUCCCAUUU